AUGGUCGAAUUCGAGGUGCGGGCUGUCGUGGUGGACCCCAGUACAGUGGAGACACAGAUGCCAAUGGACAUCGAUGAGCCUUCGGGGAGACUGCCAGAAGACCGCCGACAAGCUGCCCAGAUCCCGCAAACCCUGGAAGAUAUGGUUUUGGCAUCCCAGCCAAUCCCUGCUGAUGGUGAUGUGGUGGAAGCCCAGCGCAAGGUUGCAGCAGCAGCCAAAGCGGCUGCUGCUGAGGCCAAGGCAAAAGCAGGAGGAGCAAUGCCUGUCCAGAAUUGGAGUGCCACAGUGCUUUAUCUGAACAUGAAUUCGGUGACACUCUUGCGUGAGGCAGGUGUGCCAGUGCCGGAAGGAUUCACAGGUGAGAGGAAGAGCUUCACGGUCCCGGCGCCUGAAGACAGCGACGAUGGCACCGGCAGUAUCGGAAUUCUGUGGACGACAGACCAGCUCUAUGUCAACAAGGCCUUGACCAAUUCGGCAUUCGAUCGCAGCUUCAAUAUUAACAAGAAAGGCGGAGUCACAAUCUCGGUUCGCAAGCUGAAUACUGAUUGGGCUCUGGCUUGGGCUACAGCUAAGAAGCUUGCAAAGUGGCCCGAGCAGAAGGAACGCUGCCCCUUGCCUAAAUAA